GAGCCUCCAGAGCUCCAGUCACUCAGGAGUCUUCAGUGUCCUGCAGUCGUGUCCAGUGCUCAAGUUCAUCGACCUCUUCGCUCCUUCACGACCUAUAUUGGAUAUACGCAAUCCUCUUAAUAAAGAUUCGACCCUAAGAGUUAUGGAAUAGCUAAGCAAGGAGAAUGCUGGUGGGAUGGGCAGACAUUAAACUGAAACAGUCCUUCCACUACAAAUAAACAUUUUGAGGCUAUGGACCACGUUUCCAAAAGAACAACCUCGAUCAGGAAAACAUCAGUGAGGUAUCAACCUGCAUCGUUCCAUUAGUUCAAGGUUCAGCCAAGCUUUGAGGGAUGCCAAUCAAUAAAAGAUAGCGUUUAAAGAUGGAUUACAUGUUGCAUCCUUCAUCGGAGUACCAGAGCCCUUUUGGCUUCCGUUUGCAGCCAAGGGAUAGGGAGACGUGUGGCUCAAGUAAGGAUUCUGUGGCCAGUUACAAGCAGAGGAUAGAUUCAAUGUUUGACGAGACCUAUUCUGUCAGAAGUGGACAUAAGAAGCACAAGGAAUCUCGACGAACACGUUCAGUUAUUGAUGGAGAAGAUGCAAGCAAGCUGAUGAUAGAGAAUGAUAACAAACUGCUCAUUAAGAAUAUGGUGCAGGCAAGAAUAGAGAAAAUGUUUGCAGAAGUGGAGGGAGAUGGCGAGGACAAACCACAGAGAUCAAAAGUAGACCCCAGCACAUUUCGUGUUGAUUAUUUAGGAUCUCUUCCCUUGAUAAAAAAAGUUUCUUCACUUGAAGGCCUUCAAGAACCUCUUAAAGAUUUGUAUCUGAGCUACAAGCAGAUGGGAAAUAUCAAACCAGUAUUUCAGGACGUUCUAGAAAUAUCAAACUGUGGUCUGAGAGUGAAAUAUCUGGAUGAAAAACAAGAUGAGCUUGUGGAGCAGCUGAACCCUUUUCCUACAAUCGCCGUCUGGGCAGCUGUCAAGUUUGUCUGUCGUCCAAGGGGACUUCAUCACGGCAAGGAGUUUGGAUUAGAGUAUGCCUUCAUGCCUCUUAUUUCUGACCCAGAAAGUGUUGAUAAGGUGACACUCUUCAGAAAGCUUACUCCCAAUGAAGCCUGUUACUUCACAGGUGAAUAUUACAGUGACCAUUCUCCUCUGUUUGUUGCCGUUAUGAGGAAACUGGGAGUUUCUCGCCAACUAGAAUGUCACGGUUUUGUUUGUAAUUCUAAUGAAAAUGCAAUAGUGAUAGCAGCUAAUCUCUACAAAGCUUUAGUAAUCACGAUGGCAAAAAACCAGUCUUCUGAAGAAAACUGUAAAAAGAGGAACCUAAAACAAAAGAACGGUUUGAACACCGUUUGUAGUGUUGGAGGAUCAAGCUUGGCUGAUGACUUUGAAACUUUAAGCAUAGUAAAAUCAGACACAAUCCCUCCUAAACUCCCUCCAGCAAAUCCAAAGAAAGAGUUUGGUCCUUCAGUUUCAACUAAAAUUAAUACAGCUCAAAACAUUCGUACUAAAAUUCCCCCUCCUAGACCCCCAAGAAAAGGAAAAUCAUCUCCUGUCAGAAGCCCACAUGAUGCAGUAGUACUUCAUGUCAAACAUCCAGAUCCAGAUGAAAUCCUUCAAUUACCAAGCCCUCCUUCUCAGUCACCCCAAUUUCUCAAAUCAAACAGCUUUAAUUUUACCAAUGCUAGUAAAAAUGAUGAUCAAACAGUUUUCAAUAAAAGUAGUACACAUUAUGAUAGCGAAAGAAACUCCAAUACCAGAGAAACAAGAAAAAUUAAUCAUAGGAACCAUAAUUUUUUAGGAAAAUAUAGUAGCUUUUGUACAAAAGAAUCUUCAGACAGAGGUGAUAUUUUAACUAAAGUUGCGAUUCCACGCAGCCAUAGUUUCCUAAAUGCUAAUGGUCCUUUAAGCUCAAGAUACAACCGGCAUGCAAGUGCUGGACCUCUUGUUGGAAAUGCUAUACAAAGAAAAAAUAGCAUAGGGAGUCCUUUGGGUCUUAAUGAGCUAUUCACUGAAUUUCGCCUUCAAGAGGGGCUUAAUAAUAUGGAGGACAUAUUAAAUGCAAUUAUAGAUCCUGAUGGAAUGUCAUUCAAUGAUCUGAAGCCAAUAUACAAAGAGUUUCUAUUAAAGUUAGCUGUAACACUAACUAAAGAUGAAAUGUAUCAACGUAGCAAAUCCAUUAUGCAACGUCAAAAAAAUCGGAAGAAAAAAAUCACAAGAAGAAAGAGCUGGAGGCUAAAGGGAACUUUUGCAGCAGGAGGAUUGCGAAGAGCUAUUCGAAGAUCACUAUUAAAAUUUAAUUUAAAAAGAUCAAAACCAAAAGUGUUUGAAUUUUCUUCAGCUUUAUUUCCUUCCUGUAAAAAAUUCAGAGGUAAAAAACCCCUUCACAAAACUACUACAUAUCUGAAAAGCUACGGUUUUCCUUACAGUUCAUCUUCUAAUGACUCUUCACUUUUGAUACAAAACCAGCGGAAAAGUUUUCAAGUUCAACAACAGAAAGGAAGUUUCAGCCCAGUUAGUGUACUACCGACUGAUCCUAAAGCAACAACAUCGGUCUCUCCCUCACAAACAAAAUUUCAAGGCAAAGAAUUAAAAGUAGGAACAAACAACAUCUCUGAAGACAGUGCAUUAUUUAGCUCAAUGAUGUGUGACAAAAAUGGAAAGUCUGCUCCUCAAAAUAAGAAAAAGAUUCAUGGUUCAGACAACUGCCUCCAUCAGGCAUCAAGUGGAUACUUUUCCUGUAGUGACUGCAGUUACGACAGUGAAUCUUGUACAUGUACGUCUGCUGAUAAAUGUUACUGCUCCAUGGGGAAGGAAGGGCAAGCCAAUCAAAGUGCAGAGCAAGAGGAGAAAAAUGUUUCACUGACUUCUUGUGAGUGUGACACUGACAGUUGCUUUGAGAGUGAGAAGUGUUACUGCAACCAGAAACGGAAGCCUUCGUUGUUUGAGCAGCUGAAGCAACAAGGAUUUGCAGCCUCUGAAUCCAGCCUGUCAAGAGCCAACUCACCGAACACGGCAUGGCAGAAAAACGAAGCAGGGAUCUCUAAGGACAAAGGUAAGGGUCCGAGGAGGAAUAAAGAACAACUACAAUCAUCUAAGAGCUUAGAAUUUCUACAAGUACGUCCCAGACGAAGUUCAACAAGUCAAUUACCUCUGGAAUCUAAAUACCACAAAUCCAACAAUAUCUACCAGUCACCAGUGGAGGUUCUUGAAAGUGAAUUUAAAAAAGAUCGCCACAUCAAGUCGUCAGUUAGUAGUAGUCCAAUGACCUCUUCAUCUGAGAGCAAGUCUAAUAAAUCCUUGAGUUCCCAGAGGAGAAGUUACAGUUCUGAUAACCUGGCGCUGGACUACAAAAUGUUUUCUACAAACUCCAAAUCUGAUGAUGAAACACCCCAUGAAGAGCAAGAUGUACAACAAAGGAAGGUGUUGGUUGUAUCUACAAGAGAUCCUAAAGGCAGGGUCAUUUACAUGAGUGCAGCUCAAAGAAAUAAUUCCCCUGUUCGUGUGUAUAAUUCUAAGCGAGACAGUACUUCUGAUGCGCUUUCUGUGAAAAAAUCUGCUGAAAUUGCAGCAUUGUUUUCCAAUGUGAAGUUCAAUCACAGAUCUGGAAGCUCAAUCAGCAGUACCAAAGAUGAAGUCAUAUACAAUACUUUGGAGCCACCGGAUUAUUUCUUAGUUAGGGGUAGUUCUUCUAGUUAUAUGAAAAGUUCAAGCCUAGAAAAUUCUCUUGGGUAUUUUCCAUGACCUCAUCAAACUUUUUUAGUUCAUAGUAUUAAGCUAGAUGACCCAUUAGUUGUAAAUUAAAUAUUUUUGUCCUUCACAGGAAGAGCAUAGUUUGUAAAUUUAUAUUUUGUUAUUUUCAUUACGUUACUGAUCUGCCUACAUUAGAUUUUGAGAAUAAGACAUAUUAAACCUCAGUAUAAAGAAAUUUGUUUUCGGAAAAUUAAAAAUUGUCUUUUAAAGAAAAGUGAGAUUAAUGGUGUUAUAAAAGAGUAAAAAGAGUUCAAUUUUUAUUACUAUAGUUCUACCGUGAUAACACGACUUUAGUUUUAUUCAACCUUAUUUUAGCAUAGUACCUCUAGCAUCUACAGCUGUAAAAGUUGCCUUAUGAUUCAGUCGAUUUUUUUAGGUCCUAAUUUUGGUAUAUUAUUACAGU